AAUCGAAGGAAAAAAGAAGGGCGCAGUGGGCGGAGAGCGAGACGCAGAGAGACGAAUGAAACCAACCCAAACAAAAACAAUCAGAAGCAGACGAACAGCGCCACGGAAUUCAUCGAAAAAAAAAUUAUCGUGCUCGCCGAAAGCCGGCCGCUUUGAGACCAUCCAAGAACCGCGAAUCCUUCCUCCCUUCGACGACCUUAAUUUCCUCUGCCAUUUGAGCCCGCCAAAGGCGGCUCCGGUUUCGGAUUUUUUGGUAGGAGAGUUGGUUGGUUUCCGGCGAGGGGGGGAGCAGGAUGCCGUCCGUGCUGGUCGACCGCGCGACGAACGACAUGCUCAUCGGCCCGGACUGGGCCAUGAACCUGGAGAUCUGCGACACCCUCAAUCGAGACCCAGGGCAAGCAAAAGAUGUCGUGAAGUCUAUCAAGAAACGAAUUGCACACAGGAAUGCGAAGGUCCAGCUUCUUGCUCUCACGUUACUGGAGACGAUGAUCAAAAACUGUGGGGACAUUGUCCAUAUGCAAGUUGCUGAGAAAGACAUACUUCAUGAAAUGGUGAAAAUAGUCAAGAAAAGGCCUGAUUUUCAUGUGAAAGAGAAGAUCCUCACUCUGAUAGACACUUGGCAAGAAGUUUUUGGCGGGGUACGUGCAAGAUAUCCACAAUACUACGCAGCAUAUCAGGAGCUCUUGCGUGCUGGGGCCGUAUUUCCUCAAAGAUCAAAUGGUUCUGUUCCAAUAUUUACUCCUCCACAGACUCAACCUCUGCAAAACUAUCCUGCAUCUUUACGCAGUGCUCAGCAAGAGCCACCUGGAUCAUCAGUGCCAGAUUUGCCUUCAUUGAGCCUAGCAGAAAUUCAGAAUGCACGAGGCAUCAUGGAUGUUCUUUCCGAGAUGUUGAAUGCUUUGGAUCCUAGUAACAGAGAGGGGCUUAGGCAAGAGGUCAUUGUUGACCUGGUGGAUCAAUGCCGUUCAUACAAGCAGAGAGUGGUAGAGCUAGUAAACACUACCUCGAAUGAGGAGUUGCUCAGCCAGGGCCUUUCUUUGAAUGAUGAUUUGCAGAGAGUUCUAGCAAAACAUGAUGCUAUUGCUGCAGGCGUUGCAGUUAGGUUGGAGAAAACAAAAUCUCUCCAAACCAAAAUUGAUAGUUCUCCACCCGCAAAUCCUGGGACUUCAAAAGCACCAGUUCAAAGUUCUUCAGGGACUGCAAGUGCCAGCAACCAAUCUACCUUAGCACUUCCUGCUCCAGCAUCAUCCAGUAGUCCAAAAGCUCCUGCAGCACCAGUACCGGUUAUCGACCUUCUUAGUGGAGAUGAUUACAUCAAACCUGAACCUGCAAACUCCCUUGCACUUGUUCCUGUCACAGAAUAUUCAGCAGCUGAUCAGAAUGUGCUAGCUCUUGCAGACAUGUUUGAGCAAAAUAAUGCCAACAGAAGCAACAAUAACCUUACUAACUCUUUUAAUACAUCGGCACCAAAUUCAAAUUUCCCUGCAUCACAAGCAUAUCCUGCUCCAGUGCAACCUGCUCUGCCUCAGCAUCCUGUUGCUUAUUCAAAUGGGGUUUCAUCCAAUGCCAUCGUACCUUACUAUGAUGAUCAAAAUGGAGGCCUUCCACCACCACCAUGGGAGAUUCAGCAAUCCAUGGACAACCCACCCCAACCCACCCAACUUGGCCAGAUGCCACUGCAACCAGGGCAACCAGUAGGGAUGCACCCCCAAUCACCACAUUCUGGUCAGUUUGGCCAAGGAUCAUUCAUGUCACCACAACAAAUGGCAAAUGGUCAGCUAGGAGGAACACAGCCGCGACAAUCACCACAACCGCAGUCCGCACCGAAUCUCCAAUACGGAGGGAUGAUGAUGUACCCCAAUUCGAUGCAAGUCAAUCAGGGAGCUGGAAUGUACUCCCAACCGAUGUUUGGGGGACAGUUCUAUGGCAUGAGCCAUCAUCAUCAGAUGUAUGCUGUUCAGAUGGCUGGCUAUGGAUUUGGCCAGCAACCUGGAGCUUACUACAUCCCGAAUGCGGCGUAUGCUUAUGUUAGCGCGAAUGAGCUUACCCAGAGGAUGAAUGCGGUUUCGGUUCAGGAAGGUAAUUCACAUGGUGGAGCAAUGGCAUCCAGGCCUGAAGAUUCACUCUUUGGUGAUCUUGUCAGCAUUGCCAAGAUGAAACAGAACAAACCUGCAGCUGGCAAGGUUGGUGGCUUGUAAGGAUGAGUGAUUGAGUGACUAGAUUCAUAUUUUCUGGUCAUUUGCAGCUGCAAAAACUUUUCCUGGCAGUACAUAAUUUUUUCUAGUUUUGCAGAAAGAUAAUACAUAAUCCUUAUCCUUAUUGCCACUUUUUGUGCGACGCAAGAAGGCAUACUACCCUAUUGAUGUAAUUUCAGUUUAGGCAGGAUUGUAGGGAUAUAAAUUGGAAAGUAGGUUGAGCCUUGAGAUGCUUCUGGUGCCUCAUGGCAAGGUUGUUUAUGUAUAAAUUCUGAAGUCAUGUCAUAAUCAUAGCAGUUUCAUCAAUAAUAUCCUUAUGUAUAAAUGUCUGAUAACAGGUUUACAGCAA